UGAGUAAAAUCUAUUAUCUCUUUCUCUUUUCCAGUUGUAAACCAAAGCAAAAGACAGAGAAGGCGACGAUGAGUACGAUGAAGCCAAGCCGGAGCGACGAGAUAGCCGACCCGGAUCAACAGAUCAAGAACACGAACCAGAUCAGAGCUGGUUUCGAUUCCUUGGCCCCUAAACGACCCACUAAGCCCACCCGGAGCGAGCCAGGCCCUUUCGGAUGUUUCUCUACUCCCGAGCCAACCACAGACCAUCCGGAGGCUGACAAGUUCCAAACUCUCCAGUCACAAACUCAUGGUGAUAUUCUGCAUGAAGGAGUUUCAGCUGCUGUUCAAGAUGAGUUCCUGGAGACAGAGUAUUACACGAGUCUCACCGCCAUUGAUAAGCAACAUCACACGACCGGAAGUGGGUUUAUAAAUGUGGGGAAGGAAGACGGCGGUGAAGAGGUCGUGAUAGCCGCCGCUGCAAUGGGAGACGGAGGUGAAAAGGCUGUUUACAGAAGCAACCCGGCGACGAAUGAGUGGAUUCCUGCGGUGGAGGAGGAUCUUGGUUCAGAAUCUUCGUCUAAACCGAACCGGAGCGAGAGUUCUUGAAUGGGAUCGGAUCUUUGAAUGUGUGUGUACUUUAUCUUCUUCCAGAUGUGAUGUUUCUUGAUGUUAUUGUAAUAAGAUAUUAUCGAAAUAAAUUAGUUAAAUAAGUUUUUAUUAUUAAAUCUGAAAUAAUAAUUAAGAGAAAGUU